AUGAAGCUUAUUGCCGCCUACCUGCUCCUUUCGCUCGCUAACGAGAGCCCCAAGGCUGAGGACGUCACCAAGCUCCUCGGCACCGUCGGCAUCGAGGCCGACUCGGAGCGCCUCGAGAAGCUCAUCUCUGAGCUCGAGGGCAAGAACCUCCAGGAGCUCAUUGCUGAGGGCCAGGAGAAGCUCGCCUCGGUCCCCUCGGGUGGUGCCGUUGCCGCUGCUCCCGCUGCCGGUGGCGCCGCCGCUGGUGGUGACGCUGCCCCGGCUGCUGAGGAGAAGAAGGAGGAGGAGAAGGAGGAGUCCGAUGACGACAUGGGCUUCGGUCUCUUCGACUAA